GGGCGGGACCUUCCGGGGCUGGUGCGGCAGUGACUUGUACCCUGCCGCCGCCAGGCCGCGGGCGGGCACCGGGCCUGCGCGGGCUGGGCCCGCUACUUGGGCGCUAAGCGCCCGACCUCGCCCCUCCCUCCGAUCUGCAGAAAUUAAACCAAAACCGGGGCUCGGCUGCAGGGGCUCAGCUUCCUCCCGCGCAGGGCCCGGCUUCGUGCAUCAAACAAUGGCUUUAGGUUCCUAGAAUCGAAGCUGGGGUCUAUGCUUAAUCUGAAGGUCUCGGAAUCGGGGUCCCGGAGACUCGGGGAAGCCCUGAGGGCGUCCAAUUUUGCAGCUAGAAUGAAGCACAUCAACUUGUCGUUUGCAGCGUGUGGAUUUCUGGGCAUUUACCACUUGGGGGCAGCAUCUGCACUAUGCAGGCAUGGCAAAAAGCUCCUGAAGGAUGUCAAGGCCUUUGCCGGCGCCUCUGCGGGAUCCUUGGUUGCUUCUGUCCUGCUAACAGCACCAGAAAAAAUAGAGGAAUGUAAUGAAUUCACCUACAAGUUUGCUGAAGAAGUCCGAAGGCAGUCUUUCGGGGCAGUAACACCCGGCUAUGAUUUCAUGGCCCGAUUGAGAGGUGGAAUGGAGUCGAUUCUCCCCGACAACGCUCACGAGCUGGCCCACAACCGACUGCACGUAUCCAUCACCAACACCAAGACCAGAGAAAAUUACUUAGUCUCAAGUUUUUCCUCCAGGGAAGACCUCAUUAAGGUUCUCUUAGCCAGCAGCUUCGUGCCUAUUUACGCGGGACUGAAUCCAGUGGAAUACAGAGGGCAGAAGUGGGUGGAUGGAGGCCUCACCAAUAGCCUUCCCAUCCUGCCUGUAGGCCGGACAGUGACCAUCUCACCCUUCAGUGGACGAUUGGACAUCUCCCCGCAGGACAAAGGGCAGCUGGAUCUGUAUGUUACUAUCGCCAAUCAGGAUAUAAUGUUGUCUGUGGCAAAUUUGGUGAGGCUUAACCAAGCCCUUUUCCCACCAGGCAAGAGGAAAAUGGAAUCAUUGUAUCAACGUGGCUUUGAUGAUACCAUUCAGUUUUUACUUAAAGAAAAUUGGUUUGAAUAGAAUGCUUAAAAGUUUAUAAGGCAAAACACAUUUCAGAGAGUUUUUGGUGGAAGUUUCUAAUUAAAUCCUUCUUUUAAAAAAAGUAUCA